GAUGUGAUAUGGAAAAGAGUUUGUACUAACCUAUGUAAUAUACGAUGCGAUGUCCUCAUGUGAUAUUAUCAUGGUAUAUAAACGAAAUAAUUCAUUUGUGUCAUUAAACAUAGUUUAGUACAUUCCAUCAGGUCAAAACAAGAAAAUGCCAGUGAAUGAUCGGUGUGGAAGAAGUAUUUCUUUAUCAUCAUAUUGACGAUAUCGUUGAUUCAUUUACAUGUACUUUGCUAUAAUCAACAAGCUUAUGGAGUGUUGUUAAAAAGGUGAAUUCGAAGCAGACACAAACUGGAGUACAGAUUUAUCCGAAGUGCUAUGAGUGGACAGAUGAUCUUAUUAAUGACCGUCACUGGUUAUUUGUUGCCAGGAUCACAUGCAUUACUUCCAAAGUUUGUCAGAAGAGUAUUAAAAUGUCCAGAACCAAAUAACAUUACAGAAUGGGAACAAGCAUCUGCGGGACUUGCAUGCCUUCAUCCCAUAGAGGGUGGUUCCAGUCAACAGCAAUAUAAUAUCUAUCACUGUCUUCCUAGUAGUUUCCUGAAUGAGAGUUUGGAGUACUGUGGAAUUUCGGGACCGGUUGAUAAAGGUAAUUGUCCUGUUUAUGUGUAUGGCGAUACGAUGGGACUUAACAAAGCUGCCAGCUAUAGAUCAUGCACCAACUUCACAAGCGGAUGUCCAGCAAAGUUUUAUCACUCAAAAGAAGUGUUUAAACAUCCAGCAUGUCUUAACGUAAACCCUAUAGCCAAGUGCUAUAUUGCAGAGCCUAUAUGUGAAAAAAAUUAUGAUAUACUAAGUGCCAACAAUCACACUGAUUCAUCAUCGACAGAAAUCGAUAAAAACAAUGGCGAGAACGAUAAUUUAAAAUUCAUCAUCCCUAUCGUUGUUCUGUCUGUAUCCAUUGUUAUAAUUCUUAGCAGUGUCAUUUUAUUGAAAAAGAAGAAAGUUUGCAGUACACAAGAAAACAACCGUCCCUUUUCGGAACAGAAUGAACAUAAUGAACCACAAGAAACGUCUGAGUUACUAAAUGUAAAUGAAACUCCCGUUGAACCAAGAGAUGUGCAGAUAUUACCUGAAGGUUCACAGAUAUCGAAGAUCUCCUUUAGCGUGCUAUUAACAGAUAUAAGUAAAAUAUUACCAGUGGAGAAGAUGGCUUAUAUUAGGAAUUAUUUGAAAGAUAUCGGUGAAGAUGACCUUUGCGUGAAGGAUGACAGAGAGAUGUUCGGAAAGUUUGCGGAUCGUUUCAACUUGGAACACAAUAUACACUACCUGCAAGCAAUAUUGAUGAGAAUUUUGAGCCCCUUGUCAGAAAGUCAGACAGUUUUUGAGAUGUGUCGUAACUAUGCAAAAGCAAAAUCGAGUGUGUUGUAUCUUGAACAAGACAAAAGACCUCCAGUUGAUGGUUUCACAGAAAUAUCCUUUCAUAUCAAAGGAAGUGCAGUGUCGUCAGAGAAGAUUGAGGAUUUAAGAAAAUCGAUAGCUCUAAUCUUAAAAGUGCAACUUGAAAAUGUCCUAUACCGAGGUGGUGAGAUAACUCAAAGUUUUCUUUUGAAAUUUAUGAUACCCGAAGAAAAUGCAAGAAUACUUCAAGACAAAGAUGUGUUAUAUUCACGUCAACUGAGUGAAAUUGGUGUGGAUUCCCUUCGAUUACAUGGAAAAGAAAUAGAAAUUCACCAUCCAGACACCGGAGCUGAAGAUGCAGACGAUCUGGAUGACGCAUCGUUUAAGGAAACCGAACCACUUGUAGAACCUCGAAUCCCAUUUGUUGACGAAGAGGUCACAAGUCAUGAUGACUCGGACACUGAUUGCCAAGAUGUAAAUCCUGGAAGGCCUCAAGAGUUCCGAAUGCUGGUUACGAGCCAACAACACCCAUACGAUAUGCUAACCCAGCUUUUGCAUCCCCAUCCAAGAUUUUGGGAUCCCAAAAGCCAAACACUGCUGAUAAGGAGAAUAUGAAAAGUGCAUGCUAUCGGACUACAUCCUUGAAAUAUCCAGAUCACCGAAAAACUAUGAUCGUCCAUAAACGGAAAAUAUCAUGGUGAAAGAAAACACUUGAUUACUUCUGGACUGAUACGCACGAUUACGUUUGGAAGUGUAUAAUAGCCUUACCCUAACGUUUGGUGACUGUGAAUGUGAGAAAAAUUAAUUACAGUAAAUUUGCCAGCGAUACACAAUAUGUUAAACAUAUGUGUAGUUGUACUUCAAAUUAGAUUAUAUAAUUAUUCAACAAACUAGUUUUCAAGUAUGUCUAGAAAGUGUUUGUCAUUUUAUCUAUUUGAUUAAAAAUCCUACGAAACAAAAUAUUCAUAUGAAUAUGAGAAGAAGAAUAUCUUUCUGUUGUUUUCAACUCAAAAUUCAAAAACAUUGACGGUGUUUUAUCUGUUAAUUUUGAUUUAUGUGUCGAUUCGAUAUAUCCCUGUGAUCUCGAAAUAAAAGUUACCACAUGAG